AUGUCCCCCCCUCCAGACGCACCAGCCGAUGACAUUAUCACCUUCAUCCAAAAUGUCAACCCACCCCAAGUCCCCGCGCAUCGCUCCCACGACCCCGCCAACAACCUCAAACGCACCGACCCCUUCCAAUUCGGCUCCCGAUUCCUCGAAGAAGGCGACGACGUCUACGAGUUCAACGCCUGGGACCACGUCGAGCCCGACGACGAAUUCCUAGCCUUCGCGGAGGUCCAGUACGCCAAGCAGCGCGAAUCGCCCGUCUCGGACUUCGACAAGCAGCGCUUCAACAAGGACCCCGCGAAAUGGUGGAACCUCUUCUACAAGAACAACACGGCCAACUUCUUCAAGGACCGCAAGUGGCUGCGCCAGGAGUUCCCCGUGCUCGCCGAGGUCACCCAGAAAGGCGCGGGGAGGAAGGUCGUGCUCGAGGUCGGCGCCGGUGCGGGCAAUACGGCGUUUCCGCUGAUCACGAACAAUGAGAAUGAGGAGCUGAUGGUGCAUGCGUGUGAUUUCUCCAAGACCGCGGUGCAGGUCAUGCGGGACAGCGAGCACUAUGAUCCCAAGUUCAUCUCCGCAGAUGUGUGGGAUGUCACGGCUGUGCCGGACGAGGAGAAUAAUGGCCUCCCGCCCGGGUUGGCGGAGGAGUCGGUUGAUGUGGUCAUUCUCAUUUUCAUCUUCUCGGCGCUGGCUCCGGAUCAGUGGGACCAGGCCAUCCGGAAUGUCUACCGCGUGCUCAAGCCUGGCGGUCUCGUUCUGUUCCGCGACUAUGGCCGGGGUGAUCUAGCGCAGGUGCGGUUCAAGAAGGGUCGCUAUAUGGACGAGAACUUCUAUGUCCGCGGUGACGGCACGCGGGUGUACUUCUUUGACAAGGACCAGCUGGUGAAUAUGUGGGCGACAUGGACGCCCGAGGAGGGUCUGCAGAUGGACAGCGAGGCCGAGUCGGCGGACGUAUCGAAGGGCGUGUUUGAAGUCCAGAAAAUCGGCGUCGAUCGCCGACUCAUCGUGAACCGCCAGCGGAAGCUCAAGAUGUACCGCUGCUGGAUCCAGGCUCACUACCAGAAGCGCGGGAGAGACCCCGCUGCUGUCGACGCUGAGAAGACAGACUCAUGA